CAGCCAUCGACUCGCCCGCAUCUACGAGUCUAACCGGAUGACCUCGUCAGAGGAUGAGCGUCUGCACAAGUUCUACGAUUUUUGGGCGGAGUUUCUCGGCGAGCACAGGCCUGCGGCCGACCACAUUUGCAACACGGACGAGUCAGGUGGCACCAUUCAAGGUGCCCAGGGACAGCGGGUCUAUGCGAAACGGGGGCAGCCGGUGGUCCCGCAGAUGCGUUCCACUUCGCGAGAGAACUGCACGAUCGUCACCACCGUCAACGCCGCCGGCGCCGUGUUGGCCCCUACCAUCAUAUUCAAAGGGCAGUGUUUCAACGGAGAUUGGAUCGUGGAUCAGGACGGCCCGCCGGGUGCGACGUACACCUGCACGGAGUCGCCCUUCAUGUGUGGUGACGUGUUCAUCAAGUCCCUCAACAUCCACCUCGUCCAGCUGCCCUCCCACAUGUCCCACAUCACCCAGCCCCUGGACGUCGCUGGCUUCGGGUGCUUCAAGAAGGAGCUGACCAAGGCGAUCCAGGCCUUCCCGGCGACACACGGAGGGGCGUUGCCGCGGAAGCGGGACAUGGCCUCCGUGAUCGGGCAAGCGUGGAGCACGAGCUUUACGCCGGACAUCAACAAAGCUUCCUUCGCCGGGGCGGGCCUUUGGCCGGUGGACAAGGAACGGGCACUCAGUCGGCUGCUGAAACCCAAGAGGAAGGAGAGGGAAACCGACCGCCCUCCCCUGCAAGACGUCCCCAUCGCCGUGAGCAACGAUCGGCUGGAGGAAUUGCUGGGCGAACGCGCCGUCCGCAAGCUCCUGGGGGAAGGCCACACCCUCACGGGACUCCGCGUGAGCACGGUGUUUCUCGGCGACUACCUGCCCAGCAAGCGAUCCAAGAAGCCGCCAACCCGGGCGAACUUGGGCAUUCCAGAGGGAGGACUUCUCACUUGUGACGGGUGGUUGGCGGAGAUGAAGAAGAAACAAAACGAAGCCGAGGCUGCCGAGGCCGCCAAGGCGGCAAAGGCCGCGGCGAGGCAAACGGCACGGGACGCGAAGGCGGCGGCGGCGGCGGCGGCGGCGGCGAGGAACGGCGGGCGGGGACGGGGGCAGGGGCGGGGCAGAGGGUGGGGCCAGAGAAGGGGGCGGGGGGGCGGGCGAGAAGAGGAGAGUAGGAGGGACGAGCGAACCGAGAGAGGGAGGGAGGAAGGGGGGGGGCGAGGUGUUGGUGUUGUUCAAGGGGGGCGAGGGGGGCGUGGGCGGGGCGCGCGGGUGGGCGGGCGCACUGUUGGUGGCCGCGGCGAGGGCACGGGGGGGCAUGGGCGGGGAGGUGGUCCUAGCCGCGGUGGGAGAGGGGCGGAAGGAGCGGGAGGGGCGGGAGGGGCGGGAGGGUCAGGAAUCACCGGGGGUCAGCCGCCGGCGGCGUCCGUAUCGCGAUCGGGACGAACCCGCACGCCGACACCUGUAGUGGAUGUCUAGGUUUCUUCGGGGAGGUGGGGGUUGUAUUGUUGUGCAGAGAACCACAUGGUAUCGGGCUAAAGUUAGCUCUGAAUGGCUUGAAAUUUGUGUGUGGAACUGAUUUCGAACUGUUGAGUGUUCAGUACGGGUCACGAGGGUGCUUCAGGUAACGUGGUUGUCAAACAGCACGUCGAGGGGGAGGCGGGAAUGGCUGGCGGACAACUUGUGGACAAACCCGGGGAUGCUGUACUUUUGUCCCCUGGGCUAUGUAUUUUUUUUUUUUGUUAUCCAACGUGUUUUCUGCAACCUUCAAUACGUUCCUCUGAAACGGCGUCACGCGGGGGGUUAAUAUGGGUGUAAAAUAGUUGCUUCAACAUGUGGCACGGUUCUGGCGGAAUUUGCUGCCGUACAAGCCAAAAAGGGGGGAAAAGUGCCCAUGUUUGGACAGGCAUAUCACCAUCCAUAGGCAUACGUUUAACGGUUUUUUUUUGUUUGUGACUCAGAACAGGAUACG